AUGGAAGACGAACAGUUAUAUCGAGGUCGAUUUGAUCAUGUUGGAGAUCGUAAAUUAAAUUCUGUACGAUUAUUUGUUAGUUCAACAUUUACUGAUACAACCGAUGAACGAAAUGGACUUAUUGAUCGUGUAUAUCCACGAUUGCGCGAGUAUUGUCUUACGAAAUAUAACAUUCAAUUUCAAUAUUCUGAUAUGCGUUGGGGUAUUCAAACAACUGCAGCAAAUACUCAUGGAACAGUUGAUUUGUGUCUAAAAGAACUUGAUACUUGUUGUCAACUAUCUAUGGCUACUAAUUGUGUUAUUCUGUUAAGUCAUCGAUAUGGUAGUCGUUUUGCUCCAGCAUGUAUAUCUUCACAUAUAUUUCAAUUAUUUGAAAAAUGUCAUUCAUUAAAUAAUGAAGAAAAAAUAUUUCUUUCUCAAAUGUAUCAGCUAGAUGAAAAUUAUCUUGAUAAAAAAUAUUUUCUUCGACCAAUUGAUGAUAGUCAACAAUGGAUUGAAUCCGAUAAAAAAUUACAACUGAUUUUACGAAAAGCAGCUGAUAUUUGUUAUGAACAAAAAUUAAUAACUAAAGAUGAACAUAAUGAAUUUUAUAUAUCAGUAACAGCACAAGAAAUUUAUCGUGCAUUAAAAAAUAAUAUAAAUCAAUCUCGACGAAUAAUUUGUUUUUUUCGAGAUCUAAUUGAUAUUGAUGAACUUGAUUCAAAAUUUCAUGAUACAGAAAAUGAAAGCGAAUCACAAAAAUUAUUAGAUGAUAUUAAACAUUUACUUAAUCAAACAAUUCAUUCAUCAGAUAUUUAUACAUAUCGAUUACGAUGGAAAGAUGAACAUGAUCGAACAAAAUAUUUGUCUCAAUUUUUUAAUGAUUUUUAUGACGCAAUCAAAACACAAAUUGAUUUUCAUAUGAAAAUAUUUGAAAAUAAACAAGAAAAUCAAUUAUAUAAUCAAAUAUUAGAACAUGCUAUUCAAUGUAAUCUAUUAGUACAACGAUUUUUUCCUCGACCAGAUAUUUUUCAACAAAUUAAAACUUAUAUUACAUCAACAACAAAUUCACCUUGUAUUUUACUUGGAGAAUCAGGUACUGGAAAAUCAUCAAUUAUGGCAAAACUUGUUAAUGAAAUUCCAACUUGGUAUUCACAAGCUAAUUCUGUAUCUGUUAUUAUACGUUUUUUGGGUGCAACUCCAUCUUCAAGUGAUAUCCGUCGUCCAUUAAUAUCAAUUAUUGAACAGAUUUGUAUACUUUAUCAUUUGAAUGUACCAUCAAAUUUCGAUAAUGUCAAGGAAAUUCUUGAAAAUAUUUUAUUACAAAUUCCAAAAGAUGAAUAUCUUAUUCUACUUCUCGACUCCAUUGAUCAACUUCAAUUAGUUGAUUUAAAAAAUUUAUCAAAAUGGUUACCAGAAAGUUUUUUAUCAUCGAAUGUUAAAUGUAUAUUUUCAACAAUUCCAGAAAUCGAAAUUGAAAGAGAAACAAUUCAUAUUCAUACACAAUUACAAACUAUUUAUAAAAAUAAUUUAAUAGAAAUUGAAGUAAAAACAUUUGAUGAAAAUACUGUUGAACAAGUUCUACAUUCUUGGCUUGAACAAGAUCGACGUUGUUUAACAACAAUACAACAUGAAUGGCUUAAACCAAAAUUUUCUAUACGUCACUAUAUAACUCCACUUUUUAUUUCAUUACUUUAUGAUCAAACAUUAACAUGGCAUUCAUAUGAUCAAAUUCCUGAUAAAGCAUUUUUAGCUAUAAAAAAUACAAAUCAUGCUAUUGGAUAUUUAUAUAAUCAAUUAGGUAUUAAACAUGGUCAAGUAUUAUUUCGACGUUCAAUGCGUUAUAUUCAAUUAUCUGGUGGAUUAAGUGAACUUGAAAUCGAAGAUAUUCUUUCAUUAGAUGAUGAUGUUCUACAAUCUGUUUUCGUUCAUUAUUUACCACCAUUGGGACUAUUUCGAUUACCAUCGAAUCUAUGGAUUCGUAUUAGAAAUGAUAUGCAUAAAUAUUUAAUAGAAAAAGAUAUUGAUAAUGUACCAUGCAUUUAUUUUUAUCAUCGAAGUUUUCAAUAUUAUCAACCUAUGGAUGUUAAACAACUAAUAAUCGAUAAUCAAGAAAAAUUAAUAUUAGAAAAAAAUCGUCUUUCCUAUUUUUCUAAUCAAUAUAAAUCAACAUUUGAUAUGAAUUAUUCAUCAAAAUUAAUAAAAAAAUAUAAUUUACCAACAGCAACUAUAUCUGUUAAUCGUUGUCUAACUGAACAAAGACCUUUAAAAGAUAAGAAUAAUAACCAAUAUAAUCUUCGACGUCUUCAUCAACUAUACAUAAAUAUUAAUCGCUACGAUUUUGUUCAUGAUUUAACUAUAUUUAACUAUGAUUUUUUAUGUGCAUAUCUUUUAUGUGGAGAAUAUCAAAUGUUUAAUUUAUUAUAUGAAUUUUCAAUUGGUGCACAUGAUCCAAAUGGUGAAUUACGAUUUAUUUUAAAACAAUUUGAAACAUCAUUAAAUAUAUUAAAUCAAUAUCCAAAUAAUUUAUCAUUUGAAUUAAUCUAUCAUUUAUUUCCAUAUGCAAAACAAUUACCUGAAUUAACAUAUAAUUUACUUGAACAAUGUUUAUUUCACUGUCCUCUUCAAUUAAUAACAGAUAAUGAACGACAACAAUGUCUAGCUAAAACUUUAUUAUUAAAUAUAACAUGUUUAACAAUUGAUGCACAUCGUAUAUUUGUAUUAACUAGCGAUGAUAAAUUAUAUUUAUUUUCAUAUCAUUAUUAUAGUUUCUUUUGUACGGGUAAUUUUGAUAUAACAUAUAAGAAAAAAAGUGGAAAAGAAAAAUUAAUUUCAUUUUUAUGUCAAUAUCCAUAUGUAUGUUGUCUUUCAUCGAAUUUCUCAAUGGUAACAAUAAAUUGUCAAACAAAACAAAUAACGAUGCAAACUUCAUGUCGGAAACUAAUAUCAUUUAUUGGUAAUGAAAUAAUUUUAAUUGUAUCAUUAUCAAAUGAUACAUUAGAACUAUGGAAUUGUUCAACUAAUAUUUUAUUAUCAAAUUAUGAAUUUACGGAUAAUUUUAUUGAACAAUGUGUUUAUCAAAAACCAAUUAUUGAAGUCAUAUUAAAACAAAAUCAAAUGAUUUCUUAUUUUUCAAUUGAUGAACAAUUACAAUUUCAAACAAUUCGAAUAUGUAAUGAAAAUAUUCGAAAUUAUACUCAUCAUAUUCUUCUUGAUUCUAAUUGUGAAUUUUAUUAUUCAUUCGAUAAUUCAAAAGCUUCAUUAAUUAUCUAUCAUGAAAUGAAUACAAAAGAAAUUAUUCAUAAUAUUGAUUUUCAUUCUUUACCUUUAUCUGUUAUUUAUCUUUCACAAAGUAAAUCAAUUGCAUGGUUAACAUCAACAUCUCUUCUAAUAUUUCAUCCAUUAUAUAAAGAAAACAAUUUUCAACCAUUUAAUAUCCUAUCAUCAACGGAUUCGAUUGAAUAUGAUGUAGUACAUGAUCAUUAUUCUUCAUUAGAAUUUGAAGGUCAAAGCUGGUUUUUAGCCUGUAUUAAUAAAACAAAAAUUUUUAUUGAUAUCUAUGAAUGGCGUUAUGAAAAAGAUGAACAAAGACAUCAUUAUCGACAAUUAACUCAUAUUCAACUCGAUAUACAUAUUGAUCAAUGUGUUUUUACAGCAGGUUGGUUUGAUGGUAUUACACUAUAUUGUUCAGAUAAAAAUAAUAUUUAUAAAUACAAUGCUACUAUGAUAACUUAUCUGACUGCAUCGAAAUCUCUUGUUCUAUCUCAAAAAAUUCAUAACAUGCCAAAUAUAUAUUUAGAUCAAUUUUUGACAUUUACUGACAAUAAUCAUUAUUUUAAUGUUUUAACAUUAAAUGCGAAUACUAGUACUUUUGAUUUACAUCUUUCAAUUCAUUCAAUUCGACAAUAUCAUUUUACAACAAUGUCAUCACAUAUUUUACUUGUUAGUAGAAAAAAUAUUCUAUCAAUUUAUUCAUUAAAAUCAUUUAAAUUAUUAUGGACUACAAAUGAGUUUGAACAUAGAAAACUACAAAUACAUUCACUUCAAUCAUCGUUUAUACUUAUUUGUUUACAAACAAAACAAAUAUUUCAAAUCGAUACAAAAUCAUUUGUAAUAGAAUGUCUUACACAAUUAUCUAUUGACUGUCUAUUAAGUAUAAUAACCUCUGAUAAUCGAUUAUAUGUCCUAUCAAAAGAUGAAAAAACUCUUGUAGAAUUUAAUAUAAACAAUCGACAUUUAACAGUUAUACCAUUUAGUCCUUUAAAUUCAAGUAGAAUUAUUCAAAUACAUUCAAUAUAUAAUUAUCUUGUCUUUCAUAAUGAAGACAAUCAAGUUUAUGUUUGGUGCAAAGGAAAUGAACCAUUAAAGCAAUUAGAAACAGCUUCGUAUUUAAUAGCAAAACAUAAUCAACUUGUUCUCGUAUGCACCGAUAAUAAAACAAUUAUAUUACAUGAUCUAAAAGAAAAACUACGUAAAAUAAUUCUCUUAGAUGAUAAUGCUGGACAAUGUGAAGCAAUUGAAUUAACGAAUAAUAAUAAAGAAUAUGAUCAAUAUCUUUUUAUUAUUUGUUCCGAUCGUUUACUACGAAUGUAUCGUGUUUCAAAUGGUCAACAAAUAGUAAAAUUAUUUAUUCAUAAAGAUUUACAUCCAUUUAUUGGAAUUUUAAAUGAUUAUUUAUUACUUAAAGUAGCUGAUCGUUUAUGUAUUAUUAAAAUAUUAGAUAAAAACGUAUUAGCAAAAAGGAAAUCUGAAAUCAAAUGUCCUCUCUUCGAACAAUCAAUGUGGAUGACAUGUCAUCAUGAUCAUUGUCUUUGGUUGAAUACUCUCACAUCUUAA